AUGCAGUUCGUUCUCGGCGGCGACGACGACCCCUCGUCCCAGCAGGCUGCCGCCCUCCUCGCAUCCUCGGGCUCCUUCACCGGCUACCGGCCGCAGCGCCUCGAGCUCGGGCGGGGCUACCUCACCGCCGGCGAGGACUUCAAGCAGCCGCUAUGCGGUAACGAGGAGGGCUGGGGCCCCCUGAGCCCCUUCCGCUACGACUUCACGCCCUGCUUCCUCGACGUCUGGGUCGCCUCCGUCGCCCUGUUCGGCCUCGUCCUCGGGCUGCUGGCCGUGAGUCUACUAGCCCUCGUCAUCGCCGACUUCACCGCCCAGCUCGUCAUCCAGAUUAUCAACUACCCUAAUAUAUGGUUUGGAGACUUCAGGGUGUGGACGACAGCCCUCACCAUAGCCUCCCUUGCCGUCAUAUUCUCGAUACAAUGGCUCGAACACGCGAGGCUGCGGAACGCGAACGGGGUCGUCCUCUUCUACUGGCUGUUCCUGCUCAUAGCUCUUGCCGUCAAGCUGCGAUCCCUCAUCUCCCAGCAGAUCUACGCCUCGAACCAGGCAUACUUUGUGACCUACUGCGUGGGCUUUGGGGUCUCGGUGGUCGCAUUUCUUGUGGAGUGGCAGUGGCCUAAGCGGAGCGAUCAGUACGAGGCCCUCGUCGACGAGGAGGAGUGCCCAGCUGAGUAUGCGACAAUUUUCUCGCGGCUCACUUUCUCGUGGAUGACGCCACUCAUGAAAUUCGGCUACGAGAACUACCUCACCGAGGACGACCUGUGGGGGCUGCAGAAGAGCGAUACCAGCAAGGCGACGGGGUCGGCCUUCGAGACGGCGUGGAAGCACCAGCUGCAGCACCGCGAGCGCCCGUCACUAUGGAUCGCGCUGUUUCAUGCGUAUGGCGGCCCAUAUGCGCUCGCCGGUGUGUUCAAGAUGAUGAACGACAUCUCGGCGUUUGUUCAGCCGCAGCUGCUGAGAUUCCUCAUCGCUUUCGUCGCCUCGUACGGCGAGGGCAAGGAACCGGAGCCUGUGAUCAAGGGUGCCUCGAUCGCAAUAGCCAUGUUUGCUGUCGCUGUGUUCCAGACCAGCAUGAUCCACCAGUACUUCCAGGGCACUUUCGUCACGGGCAUGCGGAUCAAGGCCGGUCUGACCUCUUCGAUCUACCGGAAGGCCCUGAAGCUAUCUAACGAAGGCCGCGCGGCCAAGUCGACAGGCGACAUCGUGAACUACAUGGCGGUGGACGCGCAACGUUUGCAGGACCUGGCGCAAUUCGCCCAGCAGGUGUGGUCUGCCCCGUUCCAGAUCACCAUCUGCAUGAUCUCGCUGUAUCAACUGGUGGGCUGGUCGAUGAUGGCUGGUGUGGGUGUCAUGCUCGCAAUGGUGCCCCUGAACGGCAUUGUGGCUCGCUUCAUGAAGACGUUGCAGAAGGAGCAGAUGAAGAACAAGGAUACCAGAAGCCGUUUGAUUGCCGAGAUAGUGGCGAUGAUGAAGUCCAUCAAGCUGUACAGCUGGGGAGCUGCCUUUAUGAACAAGCUCAACUAUGUGCGGAACGAGCAGGAGUUGAAGACCCUUCGCAAGAUAGGAGCCGCGCAGGCAGUUGCCAACUUCACUUGGAGCACUACUCCUUUCCUCGUGUCGUGUAUCACGUUCACAGUGUUCGUGCUCACUCACAAGGAGCCUCUGACGACGGAUAUUGUCUUCCCGGCUCUGGCGCUCUUCAACCUUCUGUCUUUCCCUCUUGCAGUCUUCCCCAUGGUGAUAUCAUCAAUUGUGGAGGCUACUGUAGCAGUCGGCCGAUUGACUGCUUACCUGACCGCGGAAGAGCUGCAACCUGAUGCUAUCACCUGGAAGCCAGCCGUUGAAGACCCCGGCGAGGAGACCAUCUCAGUCAAGGAUGGCACCUUCUCGUGGGACCGCCACAACGAGAACAAGAACGCCCUCCAGGACAUCACAUUCUCCGCUAGCAAGGGAGAACUGUCCUGCGUUGUGGGCAGGGUAGGAAGCGGCAAGUCGUCGUUCCUGCAGAGCCUGAUAGGGGACCUGUACAAGGUCAAGGGCAAUGUCACGGUCCACGGCGCAGUCGCGUACGUGGCCCAGACCCCUUGGAUCAUGAAUGCCACGGUCAAAGAGAACAUCGUCUUUGGUUACCGGUACGACUCGAACUUCUACGAGAAGACAGUCAAGGCAUGCGCGCUGCUUGAUGACUUCACCGUCCUUCCGGACGGAGAUGAGACAGUUGUCGGGGAGCGAGGCAUUUCUCUCUCCGGCGGACAAAAGGCGCGUGUCGCUCUGGCCCGCGCUGUGUACGCGCGGUCUGAUGUGUACCUCUUGGACGAUGUUCUCUCUGCGGUAGACGCUCACGUUGGGCGUCAUAUCAUCGAUAAUGUCCUCGGCCCCAAGGGCCUGCUGGCUUCGAAGACUCGUGUCUUGGCUACCAACGCAAUUCCCGUACUGGCCGAGGCCGACUACAUUGUCAUGCUGCGAGAAGGCAGCAUUGUCGAGCAAGGGACUCUGCAGCAGCUGGUAGCCAUGCGCGGCCUCGUUGCGGAUAUCUACAAGUCCGCUGGUCAAGACUCGGGCCCCUCAACUCCGGGACCAGCCAGCGCCGACAGCCCUGGUAAUGGGUCGUUCGAUAGCGAGAUUUCCUCGAUCGAGGACGAGCGCGAGAAAGACGAAAUGGAAGAGGCACAAGAAGGGCUUGCAACUCUCCAGGCUAUCCGCCCUGGCCCACGUCAGGGUAAAUCAAAUGGGCGUUCCGACAGCAUGGCCACCCUGAGAAGGGCGAGCACUGCCAGUUUCCGAGGUCCCCGGGGCAAGCUGACCGACGAGGAGGCCGCACCGAGCAAGACCCGGCAGGCGAAGGAACACAGUGAGCAAGGCAAGGUCAAGUGGUCCGUCUACGGCGAAUACGCAAAGAUGAAUGACCCCUUCGCUGUCUGUGUGUACUUGAUCGCGUUGCUGGCCGCCCAGACCGCUCAGAUCGCGGGCAACUUCUGGCUGAAGGACUGGGCGGAAACCAACUCUCGUGUUGGUGCGAACGACGAUGUUGGAAAAUAUAUCGGCAUCUACUUCGCCUUCGGGAUUGGCUCUUCCAGUCUGACGGUUGUCCAGACCUUGAUUCUGUGGAUCUUCUGCUCCAUCGAGGCCUCACGAAAACUGCAUGAACGCAUGGCAAAGGCCAUCUUCAGGAGCCCCAUGUCCUUCUUCGACACGACGCCCGCGGGCCGGAUCCUGAACAGAUUCUCGUCUGACAUCUAUCGUGUGGACGAGGUUCUAGCAAGGACCUUCAACAUGCUGUUCGUGAACGUGGCCAAGUCAGGUUUCACGCUGGCUGUUGUGUCUUUCACGACACCCGCUUUCAUUGCCGUGAUUCUCCCGAUGACGGCCAUGUACCUCUGGAUCCAGAAGUACUACCUGAGGACCUCUCGGGAGCUCAAGCGGCUGGACAGUGUCAGCCGCAGCCCGAUUUACGCUCACUUCCAAGAGUCACUGGGCGGCAUCUCCACAAUUCGGGCCUACCGUCAGCAGCCGCGGUUCGAGCGUGAGAACGAGUGGCGGGUGGACUCUAAUCUCAAGGCCUUCUUCCCAUCCAUCAGCGCCAACAGAUGGUUGGCUAUCCGCCUCGAGUUCAUCGGCGCCGUGGUCAUCCUCGCAGCCGCAGGAUUCUCGAUCCUCUCCGUCGCGAGCCACAGCGGGCUAAGCCCCGGCGCGGUCGGUCUGGCCAUGUCAUAUGCACUGCAGAUUACGACCUCGCUCAACUGGAUUGUGCGCCAGACCGUCGAGGUGGAGACUAACAUCGUGUCUGUGGAGCGAGUGCUCGAGUACGCCAGACUCCCCAGCGAGGCACCCGAGAUCAACCCUCAGAAGCGGCCGCCUGCUGCCUGGCCCGCCUCCGGCACCAUCUCCUUCAACAACUACAGUGCGAGGUACCGCGAGGGCUUGGACCUUGUUCUCAAGAACAUCAAGCUAGAUAUCAAGUCGCAUGAGAAGAUAGGUGUUGUGGGUCGCACGGGGGCUGGAAAGUCCAGCCUGACGCUUGCCUUGUUCCGCAUCAUCGAGGCGGCCAGCGGCAACAUAUCGAUCGACGACCUGAACACGUCCAGCAUCGGUCUAUUGGACCUACGCCGCCGCUUGGCGAUAAUACCUCAAGAUGCUGCCCUCUUCGAAGGGACGGUCAGGGACAAUCUGGACCCUGGUCAUGUACAUGAUGAUACCGAGCUGUGGAGCGUUCUCGAGCACGCCCGGCUCAAGGCACACGUUAGCCAGAUGGACGGUGGCCUCGAAGCACGGAUACAGGAAGCAGGCUCGAACCUCUCACAAGGCCAGCGGCAGCUCGUGUCCCUCGCGCGCGCGAUGCUCACGCCGUCCAACAUCCUGAUCCUGGACGAGGCGACGGCGGCGGUGGACGUCGAGACGGACGCGAUGCUGCAGCAGACGCUGCGCAGCCCGCUCUUUGCGAACCGCACCAUCAUCACCGUCGCGCACCGCAUCAACACCAUCCUCGACAGCGACAGGGUCGUCGUCCUCGACAAGGGCGAGGUCGCCGAGUUCGGCACGCCCGCGGACCUCGUCGCCCGGAGGGGCGUCUUCUACUCGCUGGUCAAGCAGGCCGGGCUGGACAAGGAUGGGGAGUGA